CCCUUAACACCACCGCCACCCUACACAUCCCAACCUGCUGAUCCUACGACCAGUCCUAUUGCUUCCACGAUCAGUCCCACUGUCCCUACAGUCAGUCCCAUCCCUUCUACCUCCCGAAUCGCUAGCCCAAUGGCUCCCUCGAUUGUCACGCCAGCUCAGAAGCUUGAGAUGGUUGAGGCUGAGCUGGAAGUCGCCAAACUUCGCCUUCGCCAGCAGGCAAGAGAGCGUCAAGGUCUGAGAAGAGUUGCCUCUUCUAGAGCCUCAGUACUCCAGAGACUUGCACCCAAAACCUNNCGACUCGAACGAAUGCCAGGCCAACCGCCCGAGCUCUCUAUCCCCAGGCUGGACCAGCGCAGAAUUGCUUGGAACAUGAUUCUGAGCGAGGCCCAUACCCCAAGCGCUUGUUCGAUAGCAUCCCUCAGCAAGGUAUGUGCUUGUCAGACCGCCUCUCGAAUUUUAGCCAUCAUUGACGAGAAUCCAGNNAUUAUGCUUCGUGACCUCUCAAUGGAGACUCAUCACUACGGCGUGAUGCUUGUACUCCGUGCUGUUAGCGUCUCAGCGAUGCAUUCUUCAAUGCAGACUUGCAUUGCCGUUGAGGAUGAGAACGGCGACUACGAGCUGCUCACAAUCCACGACUUUGCAGUGACCAAUCAUCUGUCCAAGGAGAUACAAAUCGGAGACUUCUUUGUAGUCAAGGAACCUUUCUUCCGGACUGUCCUGGACGAGGCUUGUGUUCUGUGUAUCGAUCAUCCAUCUGACAUCCUCUUCUUGGACGCCGAUGAUCCCAUGCUACCCCGUGCUUGGAGAAGCAGUCUUGUUGAAAGAUCACCCAACCAGUGGAAGCAAGUCGGAAACGAGGCUUUGAGAAGCGAUGAUCCAAUCGAAGCUGAGCGAUGUAGAGCACUUGCCGCCAUGACAGCAAACCAAGCGAAAGAUGUCGUUGGAGGUAUUGUCCAUCGUAACCGAGCACAAGCUCGACUCUGUCUCGAGCGCUGGGACGGAGCAUACAACGAUGCAAUGGCUGGCAUACGACCCCUUCCUGCCGAACAGGAUGAUUUUGCAGACUUCCAGAAUAUGAAGGCUCUUUAUAGAGCGGGACGUGCAGCUUACGAGCUCGGUGCAUACGAUCGCGCACACUCAGCAUACACCUCAGUUACCAGGAUUGCCCCCAACGAUCUUGACGGUUUGCGAGAGCUCAAGCGAACAGAGGCACGCAUGGCCGAACAGAUAACAGGGAUCAACUUCUGGGCAGCAACCGGAUCGCGGGCACACGGAACCAAGGUAGACCAUGCCGACUUUCUGCGCAGAACCGAAGCACGCCAAACCCAGACUCGUGGCCGUGGUCUAUUUGCUGUGGAAGCCAUCGCAUGUGGUGACAUCAUUCUCUGUGAGAAAGCACUGGCAUUUGUGCCAUCGCCAGCUGUACCUGAGAGUUUUCACUUAGUGAUUCCACCAGCAGCCACCAGAGGUACAUUCGGUACACAGAGCAACAUGUGGACAGCUGUCAUCCAAAAGAUACUCGCUAACCCCAGUAUCGGUCCCAGACUGCUGAGUCUCUAUGCUGGUCCGAAUUAUCCUCCACUGGACAACCUUGACAUCCCAAUGCUUGACGGUCGACCUGUUGUUGACAUCUUCCGCGUCGAGAACAUCAUCGAGUACAAUACUUUUGGGUAUGCUCAUGAUGCCAGCCUCACCAGUUUUGGCAACGCUGCUUUGGCGAUUCCAGGUAUGGACAACAAGGACGGAUCCAUGGGACUUUGGCUACAUUCAUCUGCCAUCAACCACUCGUGUUUAUACAAUGCUGAGCACAGCUUCAUCGGCGACAUGGCUGUUUUCAGAGCAACUCGCGACAUUGCGAAAGAUGAGGAGAUUACACUGUACAAGGAGAUCAAUGCAUGUUACGAAACGCGCAAUGCUGCGCUCGGUACCUGGGGUUUCAGUUGUGACUGCAAGCUUUGCGAAGCUGACAGGACAUGCCCAGCAACGCCGCGACGCAAACAUCUUCUACAGCAAGCCAAGGAUGUGCUCGAAAGACUCCCAGCACUCAACGCUACCGUUGAGCCACGUAGAAUCGUCAUGAUGUUCGAAGACCUUCUGGCACAGAUCGAAGUGACUUAUCCAGAAGAGUUCUAUCGUGGUCUUCCGCGACUUGGCUUGAUCACCUUGAACCGAUAUUGCGCAUUCGCUUACUCACGCAGCGAUCCCGACAAGGCACUUCACCACGCGCUUGCAGUCAUUGAUGCUCACGGCUACAAGCUGACGAUCACUGGAGAGGAUGUCGAGCUUGACAGAACAGAUGCAAUGUCGGCUCCUCAAGUAGUUGAUCAGCUGAUGAACCCUAGCAGGAUCUAUGGGAACAAGGGGCGGAUGGAGUUGAUGACCAGCCUCAGGGAAUUGGCCCAUGAGAUGUACAUCGUCAUCAACGGGGAGCCGUCUGGUUUUGAGACGAGAUAUGGUAAAACUCGCGAGCAUUGCAGUACUGGGGUUUGA